AUGCCUUUCAAGCGCUUCUCCUGUUCUGUGAGAUGUCCCCGUUGUGCAAAAACAUGGAAAUCGUCAAAAGCAGUUUGGCGACAUAUGAUGGCAUCUCAUCAGCUUCGUAUUUCCCCAGUCGAUUUUAUAGGGGAGAAGGAGGAAAUCGUUGACGUCACUAAGCCAGUUAUUUUGUGUAGUAACCUUUUACAUUAUCACGAAUGGCUCACAACUUUGACUGAGAGAGUCAACGAAGCCUUACAUCCUGCCCUUCCAGGUAAGAAGAGAUUCGAAUGUUUUCAAUUAAUGUAUAUAUUUAGACACGGUUAUGGCGCUACAGAAUUAACAUGUGGGUAAAUAUUAACAUGCAUGUAUAACUGUUUUUAAGGACGAUGGACGAAAAUUGAAGACCCCUGUGUUCCAGAAAAAUACGUGCUACAUUUUCUUGCAGAGCUGCUGGAACAAACAGAUGAGAUCGUAUCUCCUCACAGCGUCUCAUACAAUUGUCAUCGUGCGGUUCCUUAUCGUAUGCGAACGAAAAGGGUUUCCUACCGAGUCCACACAUUAAUGGCCCUAAAGAAAGUGCUAGAAGCUCAAGGAAAAAUUAAGCUUGAUAGCAAUGUUGCAUUUCGCCAUUUUGAGAAAGUGAACGCUAGCGCAUCUUCUACACCAUUGACCAUGAAGCAGAAAAUUGCAAGGGCGAAAGCAAAUGCCUCAAAUCUCGCGUAUCCGGAACGUGAGCAAGCACCGACAUCGCGCAUAUCUCUUGUGGUCUCUGAAGGAGAGGGAAGAGCGACCAGAGAAGCGGAAGUUAUUUAUUGGCCCGACUUAUACAAGACAACAAGUAGUUACAAGUUUCAACUGCGCUUUUAUGUUAUGAAAUGCGAGUUACGCUGA